UGGAGACAGUAUUUGGCUCGCCCAACAUGACAGUUGCUUAUCAUGUGACUGGAGGAGACAUGGUUUACGUUCCCUCUGUGGUGCUGGAAGGCUUGGACUCUUAUGGUCGUGAUAAGCUGAUUGCAGAUCUGCGACAGUACCUCCCCAUGGUAACAGCCCUGCCCCUCCCUGUGACAUUAUGGAGAUCCAUCCCAGCCGCAGGCUUCCAGCUAAAAACAGUGCUACAGUUUGUGGGAGCGGGGGAUGAUCCUCGGUCCUGUCGGUUCUCUCAAAUGAUGGAACAGAGGCUGGAAAAGGUGUUUUCUGAAGCCCAGGUCAAAGUGCUCCACAUCAACAGCAGGCUCUCUGUUCAGAUGCUGAGUGUGUCCCAGGCUGCAGGCUCUCCGGCUGUGUCAUUGGUCUACACUGUGAAGAAUGGGACUGUCUUCCUUAAUGGCACCACUGCCUCAAACCUCCUCGGCCAGCUGUCAGCUGAGCUGGUGGGCUACUUCCUCUUCUAUCCACCACUUAUCAUUGCUGAGCCUGUGGAGUAUCACAACCUGAACACCUCUGUUGCUACCAGAGACUUAUGGGUUAUUACAGUGAUCCAGGACGUGGAAAAUGCCAGCCUUGAGGGACAGUACCAAAGCUUUGCCAGUCUAAUGGAGCAGCGUCUGGCAGAGCUUUUUGUGUUGGCAGGGCAGCAGGGCACUCGUUUCAGACGAGCUACUGCUGUAGACAGCUACACCGUCCAGAUGGUGAGCAUCCGCAGGGUGUCAGGGAUAAAGAAUCCAGCAGAGAUGACCUACUAUGUCCAGCACAAUGGCGUUCCUUUAUCGGGCACGUCAGCCGCCAAGGUCCUGAACACAGUGGACUCUCAGACCAUGGCACUCACCCUGGGCUACUUUGUCCAGCUGCAGGCAGAACCUGUGGUGAAAAAUCCUCCUAAUAACCUCUGGAUACUUGCUGCAGUGUUGGCCCCCAUCGCGGUGGUAACUCUCAUUAUCAUCAUCAUCACAGCUGUGCUGUGCAGGAAGAAUAAAAAUGACUUUAAAGCGGAUGCCAUCGGCAACCUCAAUCCCCGGGCGAAGAUGGCGUACCGCAGAGAUGUGGGCUAUUAUCACCAGGUAUCUGCCUCUUUGUAUUUCCUCUCAUUACCGAUCCAUGUUUUCAUCUUCUGGGCUCAACUGUGCCAACAGUGGGAUUUGAAUGGAUUCAGAACGGACGUCACCUAUGAUACAUUUCUGUAAAUCCUGCUGUGCUGAAGAAAACUAAGAAUACAACAUCACUUUAGAGUAACAAACCUCUUAAAAUGAGAUUUUCUGGGAUGAAAGGCUGGUGUUGCUUAUUCUUCUGACUCGAGACGGAACAUUUGAAAGCCUAAGCUUUACAAAGAAUGGUUAUUAUAGAAAACACUUUUUGGAGAGAAUGAGCGUGUACUCACACUUUAUUCUUUGAAAAGAUUGAAAAGUGAUUCAAUUAUAGUUGCAUCAAGAAUGUCACAAAAUCUUAAACCAAGUUCUGUUUCCACUUUUAUGUCUGGUGUAUUUUUUUUAUAUCUUAAUGCUCAGUGGUUCUCCUCUUUCU